AUGGAGGAUGUGAGUGACAAUGAGAUCUGUGAGCGAGUGGAUGUGGAGAGCGACACUGACCUGCUCGAUACCAGCGCUGAUCCCAAGAGCAACUGUCAUCAGAUACAGGAUACUGAAAUAUCAAACGUCAGUGCUCUUGAUUAUGUCACGGAACAAGAAGUUGCCGAAGACAAAUCCAUCUCAAAGAGAAAGCUGAAUUGGAGGAAAAAGGAUGGAAAAAGCAAGAGGAAAAGAGCGCAAAAUGAUUCCCCUCAGAUGUCGAAAGAAGCAGUGGAAGUUCAGUCCAGUAUUGGAGACUUGGUUUUGGCAGCAGAGAUGAUGGAGAAAGCAAGUGAAACAACAUUCCAAGACCUGGAUGCGAAUGAGUAUAUUGUACACGACCAUGGAGAUUAUUGUGUACCGGAUGACCCUGAGCUCCUGAAAAAGUUGGUGAGAGAGUUAAAGAAGGUAACUCAUCAGCAGAGUCAACUUCUCCUCUCACUGCAAGAAGCACUCAACAGCAAGGAGAUGCAAUGCCAUACGCUGCAGGAACAGUGGGAGAAUGAGAAAUGGCUCUUGAUGACUGAUAUGGGCCAGCAGAUUUCCCAGCUGGAAUCGGAGAUCAGGAACUUGCGCUGUGAGAAUGAGAUUCUAGAGAAGAAAAACAAAGACUUAGAAGAACAGCUUGAGAGAAGUUCUGGGACAGUUCUGUACUUGGGCCAGCAGGUAAAGCACCAGCAGAACAGCAGGGAUGAUGGUGGAUUCUGUAUGAACAGUAUCAAAAAUGAUGGCAAGUGGGUACGUUUCUAUACAGGCUUCGACAGCUAUGAGCAUCUCGCAGACUUCCUCAGCUUUCUGACUGCAGACCAAAGACUGUGUUCUGGCAAAAUCCGGAAAAGGUCAGAGGUUGGACCUCAGAGCGCUCUGAGUUUAGAAGACCAGCUCCUGCUUGUCCUCACAAGGCUGCGUUUGGGGUUGUUGCUUCAGGAUUUAGCCUUUCGAUUCCGAGUGUCUGAGUCCACUGUUUCCCGCUACUGGCUGAAUUGGACAGAUCUCUUAUAUGCAAGGCUUACUCAGAUACCCAUCCUGUACAGUGCCAGAUACCUAGAGCUCUUUGAACCCAAGAGAACAGUACAGUAUCAAGGACUCAACUGUACUGUUAUGGAUUGUACAGAUCUGUUCUUUGAAGUCCAGGCCAAGGACCGCACUAAACCAUCUUCUACACACCCCUCCAGAAACCAUUAUUUAAGGCGAGGGUAUGCCAUUGCCUCUUCCAAUGGUUUCAUUACCUUUUCAUCUAGUUUACCAUUCGGAAUAGCUAUCAAGGUCAUGGAUGGACAACCACAGGAAGAAAUAUUUGGUGGAAUUAGCCCACCGUUACACUUUCCAACUUUCAUGCAAAAUUCUCCAGUCCAGCUGACCCAUCAACAGCAGGAAAUGAGCAGACAGGUUCUCAGUCUUCUGAGCCUCAUAGACAAAGCAUUAAACUUCCGAUUCUUAAAGUGUGUGUAUCCACAGAAUAUGGAAGCACAAGUGGAUCGAGCCUGGAUAAUCUGUUGCUACUUGGCUUGCUUGCUACAUGAUCCCAUGGGAUUAUCCUAAGGUUGUUCAUGGGACAUACAUUACAGACAAUGUUUUACUUG